UGCUGUAGCGAAUGAUGAAGGAGGGGAGGGAGAUAGACAGUGGUGAAGAACGAGAGAAAAAGGGGGGAGGGAGUGAGUGACAGAGAAGCGGAGCGACAGAAAGAAGAAAAGGGUAGCUGCCUCUGGAGGAAAUUAUUGUGAGGGGGCCUCAUAGCGGGUGGAAGCAAGCUAGGAGGCAGGCACAUUAGCAGCGGUUCUAUGGCUCAGUCGGCUGUUAACGGUGUGGACCAGGAUCUGGCCAGCAAGAGGCUGCACUCAAGGAUGGAGGCCUCUUGCUUGGAGUUGGCCUUGGAAGGAGAGCGGCUGUGCAAGGCCGGGGACUUUAAAGGCGGAACAGCGUUUUUUGAGGCAGCCGUGCAGGUCGGCACCGAAGACCUGAAGACCCUCAGUGCCAUCUACAGCCAGCUGGGAAAUGCCUACUUCUACCUCAAAGAGUAUGGCAAAGCCCUGGAAUAUCACAAACAUGACCUUACUUUGGCCAGAACAAUAGGAGACAAAAUUGGAGAAGGAAAAGCCAGUGGAAACCUUGGUAACACGUUAAAAGUGUUAGGGCGCUUUGAUGAGGCUGUCGUGUGCUGUCAGAGACACCUGGAUAUUUCUCAAGAGCAGGGAGACAAGGUUGGAGAGGCCAGAGCACUGUAUAACAUAGGGAACGUGUUUCACGCGAAGGGCAAACAGCAGUUAUGGGGCUGUAGCCAGGAACCAGGGGACCUGCCUCCUGAUGUCAGAGACACACUGCAAAGGGCUACCGGCUUUUAUGAGAUGAACUUGUGUUUGGUCAAAGAACUUGGAGACCGAGCUGCUCAGGGGAGGGCCUAUGGGAAUCUGGGCAACACCCACUAUCUGCUGGGAAACUUUGUCGAAGCCAUCAAGUUCCACCGUCAGCGAUUAUCCAUAGCCAAAGAAUUUGGGGACAAAGCGGCAGAACGGCGAGCCUACAGUAACCUUGGCAAUGCCCUCAUAUUCCUGGGCCAGUUCAACACAGCCACUGAAUACUACAGGAAAACUUUGCAGCUGUCCAGGCAGCUGAGGGACCAGGUGAUGGAGGCUCAGGCCUGUUACAGCCUUGGGAACACCUACACUCUUUUGCAGCAGUAUGAGAGGGCCAUAGACUACCACCUGAAACACCUGUACAUAGCCCAGGAGCUUACUGAUAGAGUUGGGGAGGGCCGUGCCUGCUGGAGUCUGGGAAAUGCAUACGUGUCUUUAGGGAACCACAAACAAGCUCUCCACUACGCCCGGAAGCACCUGGACAUCUCAAAUGAAAUUGGAGACAGAAACGGGGAACUGACAGCCAGAAUGAAUGUGGAGCAGCUCAUGGAGUCUCUGGGGGUCAAUGAGAGCGACCUUUCACCCUCCAGUUCAGAGUUUGAGAUUCAAGGAGCAAGACCCAAAUUCACCAAAAGAAACAGCAUGGACAGUGUAGAACUGUGGAAGUACUCUUCAGAUAAGAAUGGUGACAACCAAGACAUAGAAAGUAUACCCAGGAGAUCCAAGAGUCAGCUGUCACAGCCAGGCAAAGGAAAAGGCUACUCUGACAGCCAGUCGUCAGACGAAAGGCUGUGGUUGGACUCUCCUGUAGACACUGAUGACAUCACAGUGCAAGUCCCGCCUCCAGUGCCAAAGCUGGGCCGUGACCCCUCCGAUGAAGACUGCUUCUUUGACCUCCUUAGCAAGUUCCAGAGCAGCCGCAUGGAUGACCAGCGCUGCCAUCUCGAUGAGCCUGAGAACGGAGACAACGGAGAAGGCACCGCGAACGAGAUGAAGGAUCCUUCAAUUACCACGUCCCCCCAGACUGAGGAGCUGUUUGAUUUGAUUGCUAGCUCUCAGAGCCGCCGUCUCGAUGACCAGCGGGUUAAUGUCGGUAACCUUCCGGGCCUGAGGAUUACCCACAACAAUCUGGGACACCUGGUGGGUGAGGGAGAGCAUCAAGAACCCAGCGACGACUUCUUCAACAUGCUUAUCAAGUGCCAGUCUUCUAGGAUUGAUGAUCAGCGGUGCGCCCCACCAGAAGCAGGCCCCCACGCCCCCACAGUGCCUGACGAAGACUUCUUCAGUCUAAUCCAGAGGGUGCAGGCCAAGCGCAUGGACGAGCAGCGCGUCCAUCUGCCUUCAGACGACCAGGACGACGACCCUCAGUCCCCUGAUCCAGAGCCUCCUGGUGGUUUUUCCAGCUAGGACUUGGUGACUAAUGCUGCAUAACUUCCUGUCAGAGAAAAUAAAAGCAGAAGAAAUUAAAAAGGGAUGAGCCAACAUUUUAAAGACGGCACUGAAGGGUGAACUAACAAGAUUUUUUUUUAAUUUUUUUUAAUUUUAAAUAAGACAAAUUCCAUGUGCAAUAGGUGGUGCCCUGUCAAAUGUUGCUCAGUGUGUUACGUUCUAAAUGUGUGUUUUUAAUAUAACGGGAAAACAAGCAGAAUUUAAACUCUGUUGUGUGGGGGAAGAAGAAAAUAAGUGGGGGGUAACAUGAAACAAACAUGAAAUAUGUACUCAAUCUAAUGCCUUAAUCAGCAUUUUUUGUUUUCAGACUCAAGAUUGUAUUCCCUGGUGUCAGAUGUGUUCUGUAGAGGCACAUGACGGGCAUACAGAGUUAAUGUGGAGACCUACAGCCUGAGCCGUGGGAAUCACAGGGAUUUAAUGAAAGGAACGGAGUUGAAGACAUGACUAGUUUUAUAAAUACAUAAGUACACACCAGCUGUCUUUAUCAAACAAUUUACAUUUUCAACAAAAUGUAUCAAUUGAGUUGUACUCUGAAUCUGACCAAUGCUGCUUUCAUCAUUCCAUCGUUGUGGUUCCCACGGCUCACGGAGAAGCGGUGUUAUUUGUGCAGUAACAGUAUUAGGGAUCAUCAUCAUCCAGUGUCAAACAAACUUCGGUCAGUUAAAACUUCCCACUAAUCAUGCUUCUUUUUUUCAGAUUUAGACAAAGUAAUAUGAUUGGUUUAAAUUGACAGACUGAGUGAAAUCUGAUUUUCCACAUAAGUGUUAUUUAUGUGGAUUUCUAAAAAUGGCUCUCUUCACACAGUAUGCAGUAACUACGGUUACUGAGCAAACGAUACGAAGCUUCUUUUCUAGAUUUGAGAUUAGAGUUGUGUGAUAAUUCAUUCUCCAAUGUGUCUGCUUAGCUUUGUAAUGUUCUCAACAUCUGAUGACAGACAACUGCUUACUGCCAUUAUUAUUAUUAUUAUUAUUAUUAUUAUUAUUAUUAUUAUUAUUAUUAUUAUUAUUAUUAUUAUUAUUAUUAUUACUUAACAUAGACAUAGAAGCAGAUGGAUGUGUCAUAUAUUUUGAGGAAUCUUAAUACCAUGAACAAUAUUGAAGCACUAAUUCUAGGUUGUGCUGCCUCCCUGUGGUCAAAACGUUGUAUUACAACUGAAACACACUGUUGGGAAUAAAAGGUAUUCCAUACGUUUUGUAGGACAACAUAAUAAUAAUAAUAAUAAUAAUGAUGAUGAUGAUGAUGAUGAUGAUGAUGAUGAUGAUGAUGAUAAUGAUAAUGAUGAUGAUAAUAAUAAUAAGGCGACACAGUAUGACGAUUCUGAGAACUUUCCUCUGAUUUUUAGCAACAACAUUUUUGCCAACUUUUAACAUAAAUGUGUAGAUUUUUUUGCAAAUCAUUUCGUAAAGGUUACAGUGUGUUAUUUCAGUUAAGUGUAUAUUUCUAUCCAUGUGUUGCCAUGAAAGUUCAAAAAUCAGCAAGAGAGUUAGAAACUUCAGAAAGAAAAAUGUCUUUGUUUGAAGCCUUUUGCUGAGCAUCUGUAUAAUGGUACUGUACAAAGGAUAUUUGACCUAACCUAUGGGCUAGCUUUUUAUUCAAAAGUAGUGCAUACCUCAUUUUUGUACCUCAAAGCUCAUGAACCUUAGAGAUGUUUAAUGCUGAACCAGGAUGGAUCAUGUACCAAGUUCAUAGUGCUUUGAUUCAUCUAUCUUUGAUAAACAACACAUUGGGAGCUAAAGUUAAUAUUUUCUUUUUCAGAUUUUUUUGUGAAUUAACAUUUUUAGAAAGUACACGGUACGCUUCUAUUUGUCUUUGCCAUAAUUUGUACAUAUAAAUAUAUUUUGUAUUUAUGUUCCAUUUGAUGACAUGAAUAUGUUCCCUCAUGCUUUUAAUAAAAUGUUUCAGAUGUU